GGAGGUUGGCAAGCAUGCCCCGCUAGUAAACAGUCAGUCAGUCUGGUCUUGUACGCGUCAGAGUUAUUUUCUUCCUAGCUACCUUGUUGUAGUGACCUGUGAGGUGGCGUCACCAGGUGGAUGUAUACCAAGCAACGCCCCCUCCAGCAGCCCUCGCCACCUCGCCGCGGUGCCCUGAGGCGGGUCACGCACCCCAUGGACAUGUGACGGCAAGACUCGUAGCUUAACAGACUGGAAACAUGUUCAAGUGGUUGCAAGAGCAGAUCAACAAGAAGAAAAAUGAUGGGUCCUCUAGAUCUCAUGACAGCCAGUCAGUGGAAGUAGCAACUGAUGCAGUGGUGUAUGAUGGAGACAGCACCACAGAAGAGGAACCGGCCUACAUGGGAGGAAAUGCUCCAUCAGACCUCGGCAAGACGCCAGUCCUGGAGCAAAGGAAGGGCCCCAUGACUUGUGACACCGAGAGGGUCCUUACCACAUGUGUUACUGAUGAGGGUCCUCAGAGCAGUGAUGGUUGUCCUUCAAAGUGUGUCUCCCCUAAUUCAUCUGUGGAUGUCAAAAAUUUGUCCAGUAAUUCUUUUAGCAGCCUCUCUUCCAUGACAGGAGCAGAGGGAGUAGAUACUCACUAUCACUGCUGUCAAGAAAAUCCAAGCACUUCCAGCACACACAAGUCUACACAAGAUACUUCAUUUGCACAAAAAUUAGCUGGAAGCUCUCUCAGUCUUCAUAAGCAUAGAGAAAGUCUUUCUGCUUCUGAAAGCACUUUUGUCUCACAGAAACAUAUUGAAGACUCCAGGAGCCCUCAGCAGCAUCAAGGAAAUGUCUCCAGCUCACAAAAACACACAGAAUAUAUUUCUAACACACAAAAAUGUACAGCAAGCAUUUUCAAAGCCUCAGAGCUUGAUGCAUGCUUUAAGUCUAGCAACUCUCAGGACUUCAACAAGAAACCUGCUAAAUCAGUUCUGGAAAAUUUGAAAUCCUCAACAGCAGUCUCACAAGAUCCUCUUUACAGUCCUGAAAGCAGGUGUGCCCAUCAGAGAUUAAAUACUGUGGAGGAAAGUAGAAAAAAAGAUGAAGAACAGGAAAAUGCAACCUUUCAAGAUCCAAAGCGUGAGUGUACCUCUGAAGUGAAUGUCAUCCAGAAGUCAGAUAAGUGUGUGAAUGAAGCUGCUCUUUCACAUUUACAACAAUUAAUCACAUCUGAAAAGGUGAGUGAGAAUAGCCACAGCAAUGGGGAACUUCUUAGUCCUGCUGCCCCAGGUGGCAGUGUAACUCCUGCAGUGGCAACAGGACCACCAGACCAAGUUGGGGAUAUUGUGCCUGAUGUGCAGCUACAGAAAGAGCUCACUGUGAAAUGUGACAAAGGUUCACUCAAGGUGGAACAAAAUGCCAAGAAAGCAGUGGUUAAAGACAAAGCUUCUCAAACUCAGGCUGUCAAGUAUGAGUGCCCUAACCCGUACUGCUACCCUGAGGCAUGCCUCUACAAUCAGAAAGGAAGAAAGUGCACAGUACUAGAUGAGCACUUCAUAUUGACAUACCUGAGGGAAUCCCCUGUGUUGGUCAGCACAGCAUUACAAAACACAGAGAUUGGUCCUGUGGGGUGCACAAAUGUUUGGUGUUCGGGGAAGGUGUCUGAAAUUAGGCAUAUUCCAGAUGGCACAGAAUUGUAUUUUGAUGCAAUUGUGUCUCCAGGGAGAACUGGUUUUGUUGCCUUAGUUAUUUGGCAAGGUACAAAACCAACCCAUAGUGUGCAACCAUUCUACAAUUGCUAUGUAAUCAUUGAGCUAAUGAGAAACUGCCCUAUUAAAUUUGUCUCCUUCAGUAAGGAGAAUGGUGUUGUUUCUACAGUGAACAGUGGUAAAACAAUAAACAUUGUAUUCUCAAAGUCUAUAGUAUACUUAAAUGGAAAGAAAAUUGAAAAAGCAAGUGAAAUAAAAAAUUUAACCAAGUCCACUUCCCAGCAGUUGUAUGCUGAUGUGUUGAGACUUAUGACCCUUGACCAAGCUGGCAACACUGCUUAUGGGUUCAUGUGUUCCUGCAUUUGGCAAGGUUGUAAGCCUUACCAGUUGGACAUCCCAAUAUAUGAUCCUUUUAAACUCUACAAAAAAACACCUGGCUGUUUUCCUGUUGCAAGUAAACAGGCAAUGCUUUUGUGUGACAUAGAUGCUAGUCUUGUGGUUGAAGAUACAACAUACAAAAUUACAUUUAAAAGCGAAGGGCAGACUAAUAUUGUAUCUUGUAACAAAAAGAUGUUGUUUUGUGGGAAUCAAAGAGUUGUUCCUGUUAGUGGCAAAGUGAAGGUUCACUUAAGGAAGAUAUUUGCCAAAAAUACCAAUACAUGGCUGAUCUUAAUGGUGCAGGUUCCUCCUUCAUUAUCAUGUGACACAACACCCAAUGGUACCCAACAACAUCACAUCACCACAGCAGCAGACCAGCUCUCACCACCUCAGGGUACUCCUGCCAAGAAAAUUUCUAUUCUUCCACAAACCAUUUCAACAAAAAAUUCUUCCAAGUCAACACUUUUGCCUGGUGCAGCAGCAGAUCCUCACCAGGUAACCAGAUGGCUUUCUGAAAGUGAUAUAGUGCUGAAGCCACAGUACACCUCAUCAACCUGUGUUUCCAGAAAGGAGGUGAAAUCAGACCAUGGCCAGGCAGCAACCAACAGUAACAUUGUGCUUAAUGGAGAACACACAAAGCUCCUCCCUGGAAGCCCUUGCAUGUCAGAACUGAGUGUUGGGAGUACUUUGGAAGAGGAAUCACCAGUGGGUACAUCUAAUGUGGAAGUGCUGGUCCAGUUCACUGUCAAAGAAGACCUGUCAUCAAAUUCCAAAAGUGUAAUCUCUCAAGAUAGUCAGAAAACACCUCUCAGGAUUGUAAAGAAUUGCAAUGGAGUUUUGAAAAAUAUAGGUGAGGCAUUUAUACUGGAGACACAAUUGAAGGGGAAGCAAGUGCAAAUAGAAAUGAGGAAAUCACCAUGGAUAGCUUUUGAAGAUGGCAGAGGUCAAAGAUGUCAAGUACCCAUGUCAGAUUUAUCUGUAGGGUUUGAUGCACAUUUUGUAGACAUCCCUCAAGUUGGACUAGUUGGUCAUAUUCUAGCUCUCUGGACUGGGAAGAAACCUCUGAAAGCCUCAUUUGAGAAUAGUACUUACUACUUUGAUGCACCUGCAAUGUACCAUGGCUCAAAUAAGGAGGGAUGCCUUGAAUUCACAGUGUUGCUUGAGGGAAAAUCCCUCGGCAUCACUACAACAAGUACCACUGCAUUAUUUGAAGCAUCUGGUGAGCAAUGUACCUCUUUGACUCCACUCUCUCAUGUCUUCCUUCACCUGAGUUUGACACAAAAUACAUGGACACUGUUCUUGGUGGUUCUUCAGCCAAACCACAAAACUUCAAAUUUAACCCAGGAAGCUAAUAGAUUGUCUCCCAAACUGUCAUCCACACCAGAGUCUGACACUGUGAGAAGUCUGCUGAACUUACAAGCAGAGACCAAGACAAAUUAUGUGUCUGCCACACACAAAACUGCCCGUGAAUAUGGAUUUACACACUACCUGAAGAACCUCUAUGGAACCCUGACAGAGAAGGGUGGAAAGAGAGUUAUAUGUGCUCUUAAUAAAGACGUUCCUCUGUCAGUACAAGUCCCUGAGGAUUGUGUUGUGGAUAUAGAUGCAGUUGCUACGAAUGUUAGAAAAGUUUCCCUUGAAACUAAGCUCCGUUUUGAUGCUUUUUGUGAGGACUUGGACAGUUUAAGUUACUGGGCAGCCAUAGUAUGGUUGAAAAAAAAGGCACAAAAGUGUGUAGCACCGACAGGAUGUAUAUAUCAUUUAAAUGUGGGAGGUAAGUGCCUCAACUCCAGUGACAAGGAAGUUAGAUUUGAAUUCACUUUAGCAAAUAAAAUUGAGCAGGUGGUAUGCAAAAAUGCUUACGUUAUCAUGCCAGAUGGAACUUUCCAAGCCCUAAGGAGCCUCAGGGCAGGCACACCUGUUCAUGCUAACCUAGUGCAGCAUAAGCAAAAUGUUUGUAUAAAUAAUUUCAUCUAUGUUGAUGCAACUGUUCAACUCUCACCAACUUCCAUGGCAGCAGAGAGAAAUCUGGAGGACAGCUCUGUGACAAGAAGUGUAAUUAAGACUAUGAAUGAAGAGAAGUUACAGCUUCCUCCUAGUCCUUCAGUAGAUCUUCUUAAAAGUAAAAAUGAGAGAAAUCCAGAGAACAGCAGUGUGACAAGAAGUAUAACUAAGGCAAUGAGUGAAAAGUUAGAGCCUCCUUGUGGUUCCAUAGAUAACACUGAGAAUAGCAGUGUGAAAUUAAAGUCAGUGACUGGAGAUGUAAAGGAAGCGGCAUCUCCUGGACCUCAACCACUAACUCCACCGAAUGAGUAUGACAUAGCAAAGGGAACAAUCAGUGAGCUAGAGCAUGAUCAGUACAUCUUUACAAGUGAAAAUGGUGAUCUCAGAAUUAAUGUAAAUCCAAUGAAAAUUGCUGUAGAUCCAGAAGCAAGUCCUGAAUCACCACUGGGAGAGUUCUAUUUGGUGUACCACAAGAAGACCAAGGUGGGGAAGUGUGGGUGGUACCGGCAGCAGACCCACCAAGCAUACCUGCAGCACCAUAUGCUUGUUCACUCUCACAACUUGGACAGCAGGAUCAUAACCCUAGCACUGCCUGACCACUCCAGUCUUUACAACUUCCUCUUUGAUAAUGAAAUAACAGUUGCAGCAAGCCAGGUUGAAUGUAGAUUUCAUCCUCUCAAACCAGGGAAGAAAGUGCAUGCUAUUAUUGAGGACAUAAAGCCUGUCCUCAUUGAUGGUCAUGUCAUAAGCCAUCGCAUAGUACUUAUGACUUCAGUGAAGGAAGUAGCUGUUGUCUGUUUGAAUUUCUUAAACCAUUCCUUCUUUGGCAGUGAAGAAAAGGAAGUUUUAAGUAAUGGAUCAGCUGUGGGUGUGAAUCAACCCAAGAACAAUAAUGAGCCAUGUGGGGACAGUUAUGGUAUAGACUUUGAUGGAUUAUUUGGAUUAAACCUGCUGGAAGAAAAGCAUAAGGCUGAAGGCAGUGUAAGUGAAUCUUCAAAAUUUCUCAUUACUUCAGAAAAUAGUGUUAGUCAACACCAAGUAAAUAAUUUGCUUGACAGACAUCAUGAAGACAACAUGCCUGAUGUAGAUGGAGAGGGAGACACACUGAGGGAACUUGUCAACACCAAGCAUCCAAUGGUAGUUUCCAAGAACUACAUAACUAGAUAUGUAACCCUCUGUGGAGAAAUACGGCAAGAAAGUUCAGGCACCUAUGUGUUUUGCAGUGGAAAAUUACCAUUUCCUGUACAGGUAACACCCAGCAUCCCACACUGUGAUGCCACUGUGUGUGAGAGUCAGGGGACAAAAUUCAUGCUGGCUCGUAAAAGGUGUGCCAAAGAAACAGGAUUGAUAGAUCUUGAACCCCUUGUUGUUUGGCCACAAGAGAGAAAGUGUAAUCCAUACAUUGUUGUAACCUAUAAAGUUUCAAGAAGGAAAAACUUGCUCUUGGUUAAUGAUGCUGUCAAUGAAGAAGAGAAGUGCUAUUUGUUUAACUACAAUGUGGUGUUUUCACUCAAGAAUAGUUAUAAGCUCAAUGAAGUACUAGAUUCCUAUUCUAAACAAAAAAAAAUGCUAGUACUGUAUGCAGUAGUGGAGAAGAUCCCACCUUUUCAAAAUAAGCAGAAUUUAGAAGGAAAUAUACUUCUCUUGACAACAAGCAAAAAUGUAGCUGUAGCCUCUAUAGAUGUCUUUAUUGGCAGUUGUCAUGAAGAAGAGUUGUCCUUUCAGCUGCCACAUAAUCCUGUUUUACAAAUGCUGCACCUGCACAAGAUCAGGGUGGACCGAGCCUCAAAGUGCAAGAGAGGCUCAACCUGCUAUUACUCUGUGAGAGAGAGCAGCUUCAACUCUAGCUUGAAGUCAGUUGGAGGCUGCCUUGAAGAUCACACAGAUGACUUUGCCAUCAUGCGUUGUGAUAAAAGGAACUACACAGCUGUGUGCCUUCUUUCUAACAUCUACUAUCAAGGUGAAACUAUAACAUCCUGGAAGACCAUCCCCAAACACCACUGGAAGAAUUUCUGGGCAAUCAUAUUACCACUAGAUGAUACAGUUCAGGAGGCCAAAUGGGAAGUGGAUGCUGUGGCUUUUAUAGCAUGGUGCUGUCGUGGCCCCAGAGUGCUGGCACUGCACCAGUGUUACUACCAUGUGCAAACACCUUAUGUGCCUUACCUUGGAAUUGAGGAGAGUCAGGAGGCAACACCCACCAAUCUACCACAAUUACAGAACUCCUCACAUUCCUCUCCAAGCUUUACAGGAAGAGGAAUGUCUCUGUCAGAACUAGAGUCUUGGCAGUGUCAAGCAGGAAACACCAUAGUUGCCUUUCAUGAUAGUAUUUUGCAGUCUUGUGGUUUGACAAAACUGAGUGGUAAAAUAACUUUGGUGGAUGGAGCAGUUGUUCUCUUUACCAGUACUGAGAAUGAAGUGGUGAAAGGCAAAGUUUCAGAUAUAUUUAUCAAAGGUGAAAGAUGUGACUCUGUGAAAAAAAUAGUUGGUGAAAUAGAUCAAAACUUCACUCUUGUGGCACAAAAAUGUUUUCCUACUGUUUACUUGGAGAAAUUCAUACAAAUGGAAGUUAUCAUUGGAUUCACUGCUUCUCUGAAAGGAAUUGGGAUCCAUGUUUGCAAUAAACAUGCUUGUAUAUUAGAAAGCAGCUUUCUUAAGGAAGAAUUUGCAAUUGCAGAGGAAGCUUUUCAUGAUAUUGCAGUGGUGUGUGAGCAAUCAAAUCAGUGUUCAAACUACUAUCUAUCUAAGAUAGCAGUGCUGGAAGAUGAAACACCCACACUACCAGAAACUGUAAGAGUUAUGAAGCACACACUUUGUUAUGGCAUUGUAGUGGACAUAGAUAAGGAGACUCCUGACAAAGUAAGAGUGAGUCUUCAGCAGGGACCAGAUUCCGUCACUCUGCCUGUGUCUCGUAGCCGCCUGAUGGGCCUCCAUGGGGAUCUUUCCCUCCUCCAUGCUGUUGGACACAAACUGAAGGUGAUCCUCAACACGGUAACAGGAGAUGAAAAGGAAGAAUACAGGAUUCUCUUGGGUUGGGGAAAUUUCACUAAGGACUCUGGCAUGUCUUCUUAUUCCACUCUUAUACCUGAUAGGUCCUGUUCCCAAAAAUCCAAGUUCCACUGCUGUCCAAGAGGCAUUGAGGUGAAAGAGUUUCAAAAUGUGUACAAUAGUAAUAUGUUUGAGGUCAAAAGUCUCUAUAAAUUGAAAAAAAUUGAUGUAGAGUCCGGCAGAGGAUUCUUUCAUUACUGGCUAGAUGAAAAACCUAUAACUUGUAAAAUAGAAUUUAUAGUAGGGUGGCUUAAAGUUGACAGAGUUCAAGAAGAACUCUGGAAUUUGCUGAUGGCUAAAGGACCUCAGAGUGAGGAAGAAUAUCCAGAGGCUUUGGCAGCAUGGCAAGGUGACUGUGAUUCCCUAGUUGUUGAAAUUUGUGAUGUUCAUGGCACACAUGGGUUGUAUGUGCCACAAGAAGACAAAACAAAAACAGAAAACAAAUUUAUUCCAAUAUCUCAUAAGAGAGGAAGACGAAACAGUGAGCCCACACAGACUGACCUACUAGCCAGUUUUCAGUCAGUGCCACACUCCAAGUCCAGGCGCAACAGUGAGCCGCUGAAUGUAAGUCUUUCUGUCAGUAUGAAAUUGAGACAAUCAGACACUAUUGAAGAGGAUGAUCUAAUAUUAUCAAGAUCACUUCCCACUGUUAGUGACCAUCCUUUAAAUAGUGGACUUGAUAUGAGUAAGGAUCACAAGAAAGUUUUACCCUCUAAUUCUGGUUCUAUCACACUGCUGUCUAUAAAAGAGGACUCUGUGGCAGAGGAAGGAAAAAUGUACCCUCCCUUAGAAGACAUGGAGCAGUUCCACCAUGAUCAGCAAUUGUGCAAUUCCUUACUGUGUGAUGAAAAAGAUGAAAAUUUCCUUAGCCUGGAAAGUGAAGGAGACAGUAGCAACUUAAUUGUUAAACCUAAAGUGACUACCAUCACAUCAAAUUCAUUUCUGUGUGUGGACAACCAUUGUGGUUUGCUUAUUGAUCACUUGUCUCAAACUGUAGCAUUGGUGAGGCAAGGAAACCUUUAUAUCAAUAAGGUGAAGCCCAAGGAAUCAUUUAAACUAUUAUCAAGCAUCAAUAAUCUUGGGAUUAUAACAGCAGUGGUAGUUCCUUUGGCCUCUCCUUGUACACUAGCUGACCUGGAGGUCACCCACGAGGCAGUUGUAGCCUGGCUUGGCUCUAGACCACCAGGGGUUGACAGCAUGGCAAAGAAUAUAAGUAUGAUAUCUAGUCAGCCAGAAAGUAUUUUGCAGGAGAAAACAGAAGGAAAACUUGAUUGGGAUCUAGACAAACCUUAUACCUCAUGGGACACAACAGUUACACUGAAAGUUCUGCUUAGAAAAACAGAGACUAUUUUUGGUUGUGUGGAACAAUAUGCUGAUCAUUAUGGCAUUUUAUUAAGUGCUACAGGAUCAGUUUUGUUUGAUAGGCAGCUGCUUGGUGGGACACUGCAGAGAGAGGCAGCAUCAGGUACGCAGUCUGAUAAAGAGAACCUCAAGGCUUUGGCCCUUGAGCUUGAACAGCCAGUUAAGGUUUUAGGUUUUGAAAUAGAAAAGAUUGCUGCAGUGGUCUGGAGUGAAGGAAGUCCUGUGAUCGAUGCUGACUCUGUAGCAAAAAAUUUGAAUGUGUACAAGAUGAACUGGAAUGUGGAAUUCAUAGGUACUUUUGACCAAUUAGAGCUGGAAGAAUUCACUAAAGAUUUGCAGCAAAAUAGAGUGGAAGACAUGACUCUUGCUGAUGAGUGUGAGUUAUUCAAGUUAAUGGAUGAGUGUGGUAUCUUGAAAGUGAAGAACUCGGAGACCAAAGUUUUCUUCCAUAAGAAUGUUAUGUUGGUGAAUAAUGAAACAUUGACCAAAGAAAAAUGGAAAGAUACUCUUCAGCUGCUCAUGGAACAGGAGCAGACAUGGCAUUGUAGUGGUCAGCAGCUCACACCACAGGAGAGGGAGAGUGUUAAGGAGAAGACUGGGGAGGAAGUCCAAUACAAGGCUGAAUCGGUAUGGUGCACAACAGGCCCCUCAGCUCUCGGGGUUCAGGCAAGUGCCACAACAGUUCCUAGUACUGCAUUGAUGCUAAACACUUCAAAUGCAACCUCUGUAGAUUCAGACCUCCAUACCACUCAGCUUACUGAGGAUACUAACAGCUGUACUGGCACAACUCUCAUGGAAAGCAUGCAACCUUCCACUAAGAGAGUAGGCUGUUCUAGUGUCCAGCCUGCCCAUCCAUCAACUCCAUCUAGCUGGUCAGAAUUUUUACUGCAGAACAAAGCAAAAACAAAGGAAAUUCUUAAAGACAUUGAGAUCUUUCCACAGCAUACAAAACUGCAUAGUCUUCCUCCUCACCCCGGCAGCUUGUGGGCUACAAGACCAUCCUUGAGAAUUAACCCUGGUAGACAAGAGACGAUAUCUGAGUGCACUGUCACAAGUUAUGCAGAUCAUUGUGGUAUUCUAAUAAGUGCUGGUGGACCCAUUUUGUUUGACAGGAACCUGAUCAGUAUGAUGCAGCAGGAAGAGGCAGCAUCUGGCUCAGCUCAAACAGAGCAGAAGAAUCUGAAGGCCUUGGUGUUUGACCUUGAGCAGCCUGUUAAGGUUCUAUCAUAUGAAGUUAGAAAAAUUGCAAUGGUUCUGUGGAAUGGAGAGAAACCUGAAGUUGAUAAUGAUCUUCUUUCUAAAAGCUUGGAUGUGUAUAAGCUGAACUGGAUUGUUGCCCUUACAUGCAAUGAGUCAUUAUUAACAAAAAGGUUCAAACUCAAGCAAAAUGUGUGCAGGUCAUUUAUUCCUGUUUCAUUCUCAUAUGUUGAUACUUCAAAUUUCCACGAAGUUAUAUACUGUUGUUCACAAGAUUGUAGUGUGAGGCAGUUCAGAGUUACUUCAUGUCUACUUGAAGUUGUUGUAUUGGAGCACCAGGAUGAUCUGGUCCUGGCCAUGAUGGAUGAUGUGAAGUGCAGUGAAGAUGAACUGGAAGAGGGCAGGCAUCUCUGGGUCAUAAGUGUCAAGUUAGUUGAACCUUUUAAUUAUUCUAGUUUCUGUAUCACUCACUUUGCCCUGCUAGUGUACUCUGGGGAGACAGAACCUCCUGAGGCUGCCACCAUCAAGUUGAAGUGGAGCAGAGGAGAAAUAGAAAAAGUACUUCCAAUUGCAAGGAAGAUCAGUUUUGGAUUAGGACAUGCAAAUAUUAGAAUAAAAGUUGACAGGCCAUCUGAAGUGAAGCCAUUCCUCAUGGACCCAUUCUGGCAUCUUACAAAAGACAAACCUGAAGCAGGCAUGAUGUUUGCUGUAGAGUGUGAAGUUAUCAGAUUAAUAAAGAACUCUGGCAUCUUGAAAGUAAAGGGAAGAUCACUAAAGGGGAUGGAAGUCAAGAUAUAUUUCCGAAGAACUGCUGUUGUGGUCAACUCUACACGCCUACAAAAUACUAUUCCCUUAGCUGAACAGUUGUCUCAUCUACAAGAUCAGACCUGGCGUUGCACCUGUGUAAGGCUGAAGCCAUUUGAGGUAGAAUCUGUGAAGAAGACUGUGGAUGAUGAUGUACAGUACAAAGCUAAGUUAGUGUGGUGUGAGGUUUACCUCCCAGAGCAGAAAAUCCAGAUUCCUGAGGAGAAAGGUGUGACCAAAGCAGUCACUAGCACUGCCCUGACACCACCAACAACAAGUCAGUCUGGAAGUGCAAGAGCAUUGACUAGGCAUGACCAAGUGGAGGACAUGGAGGGGUUGUGUGCUGUGGAUAGGCCCCUCAGCACUGGCACCAAACCAAAGAAGAAACCUAGGAAAAGGAAGAGAGCUCAAGAUGCCAAGGAUAACUCAGGUCAAGAGCAGAAGCCGAGUGCGCAGCCAAGCACAAGGGUGGGACAUCUCACUGAAGUUCACCGCACUGUUGCUCAGGUAGCACUGGAGGAUGAGCAGCUCAAGUAUGUGGCCCGAGACAAGUGCUUCCUCUACGGCCUGUGUCUUGGCAAGGUGGAGCUGUGGCAUGUGCUCUCCAUAGGACUGACUAUGAACUAUGAGCUGACCGAGGAUGGGAAAGAACUGAAGAAGGCAUGGUUGGGUGAGGCAGAUCUCUUGGAACCAGCAGUACUUCUGGACACUGUGCGUGAUUGGUGUCUUAUCAAUAAUGUCUCAUCUUCUGCUACCACAGUUCUGCUGUUGGAAGCUGGGUGGCUGCCCUCAGAACUCACUCCAACUGUUGCUGCCGAGGAGAAUGUAGACGUGGUGGAGGUGUCAUCUCCUCAUUUUGGUUCAGGCUUCCCAGGUCACCUUUGAAUGCUGGCAGCAUCCUGGCCUUUUUUGCUGGUGGUAAUUGUUAGAUCCUGUCAGUGAACAUCAAAGAUAAUUUUUAAUGUUGUAUAACACUCAUCCCCAAAAAUCCAAGGAAAUUAUUCUGCACAUUGUAACAAAUAAUGAUAAUUAUUGUUAAGGAAGGAUAAUCCUACCACUAUCCAACCAAUUCCCUUGUGUAGCUUAUAUGUAUUAUAAUCCUGAGAGAAACCAAAAGAGAUGGUGUUCCCUUGGUGCUUUUUGUGAUUGUGAAGCUGUGAGUAAAAUUAGUUUUUUAUUUCAGACCUAAAGUGGCUUGUGAAACGAUGGGCCACUUUGGUUUUUCAUUGAAGAUUAUUUGGUAUUUGUAUAUUUCCGGUCACAAACCUGGCAUUAAGAUGUUUACUUAUACACGUACAUGCUCUAAGAUAGCACAAAACUUUUCGUUUGGGUUUUAGUUUUAUGAUGCAGUGCAAGAUUUUCUGUGAUUCUAAAAGAUUUGCCUUUACUAGUAAAGCUGUGAUAAUUACAUUAAUCCCUGUAAUCUUGAUGCUCAAAGCAAUGCCCUGACCAUGACAGCUGGAAUAAGACAUAACUGUUUUGUUGCAUCUUCAACCAAUAACUACAGAUGAAAUUUAAUUAUUGGCACCUUUUCCUUGUUGUUUUCAAUUAAUUCUGUAAAAGUUGGUAAUGGAUGACUUGUGAAAAACUGUUAGUCAACAAAUGUUGCACUUGCACCCUGGCUCUCACUCCUGAAACCUUAUUUAAACUUAAAUAACUUAGUAUAAUUGAGAUAUAAUAAUGCUGUGCAGUAUUAAAAAAUUUAUAAUGAAAGAACAGUUUUGCAUAUGUGUAGUAUGUUACUGAAUUUACUUCCUCAGAAGAAAUUAUAAUAAUUUAUUCUUCUCUUUAGUGGUUUCACCAUAUAGGAAUUGCAUUUAUGUACUUAAAUGUAAUGAUAUUACUUUCUUAACUGUAACAUCACAUAAACAACAUGCACAUUUAGUGUCAAGUGCUCAGAGUGCAGGAGUGACCUGUGGUUGUAAAAAUAUUUAGGAAGUUUCUCAUGUGAUAAAUCUUGUAAAGAUAGUAAGAAAAGUGAGUCAUAUUGAAGCAUUCUGUGAUACUGGAAAGAUUCCCUCCAUUGUACGCAAUUCAUCUUUUUAGUAUGUCACGGUGAAGAACAUGCAGAUUAAAACGUUUCUGCAUUGUAUCAGUAGAACAAUUAGAGGUUUAUUGUAGUUUUAACCGCCACUAUAUAUUUAGUUUAUCGUCAUUGUAGUGUGUGUGUGUGUGUGUGAGUGUGUGUGUGUGUGCGCGCAUGAUUUUUUUUUUGCUACAUACUACCUGUUUGAUUAUAUAGUGAAUAUUUAUAUUAUAUUAAAAAUGUAUUAGCUUAUAGUAUAUUUAAGAUGUAUUGGCUAUCUUUUAAGUAUACAGUGAGUAUUGAAGCCAUGUGGUAUAUUUUCUUAAGUUUAUUUAAGAAGUUGGCUCGUAUAUCAUUUGUAUGGUAUAAUUUUACCAGUGUAGCAAUUUCCUUGGGCUUUCAGAGAUUUUAACCACUUAUACUGAGUGUUGGAAAUGUGUAUAUUGCAAAAUUUACUUUGAGUUACUGUGUAUACAAGCUAUCUUGUUUUCUGCAUUGCUGUUAUGAGCAUUACUUGUAUAGGAUACUCAUACACAGAUAUGGUUUUGAUUUCUUUUCUUCAUGGAGCUCUAGCAACAUCAUGUUAUACGUGCUUUCAAAGUUCGGACUCACGUAUCAAGCCAAGUGCUGUUAAUCUCAUCCUUGUGCUCCUCUGAAAUUAAGAUUGUUUCAUGAUCAUGUAUAUUUGAUUAACCUUUACCAGUGAUAGUAUUUAAAACAAUAUCUUCUCUAGUUAUGAAAUCAAUACCUUCUCUAGUUAUGAAAAUUUUUAAGUGUUAUGGUACUAUAUUGAGUUCAUUUUUUUCUUGUUCUUAGUCUUCUGAUUAAACAAAAUGGUGCUGAUCUUUUGAUAAAGAAUGCUGCUCUCAGGUGGUAAGUGUGGCAGCAAUUAAGAUCCUUAUUUUUGUUCAAUGAAUACUGAAGGUAGUCACUUAUAACCUUGAGUGUAUCCUCUGUGAUUGCUAUACUUUAUAUCAAUUAAUAAAUAUAUCAAUACAA